UCAAAAUGAGAAGCUUUGGAAAUUUGGGGCUAUGGCAUCUACUUGCAUUUGCUUUGGCAUUUUGCUUUGUAGCUAGCACUGUUGUUGCUGAUUACUCUUAUGACUAUACUUCUCAUUCACCCUCUCCAUACUACAAGAAGCCGGAAAAACAUGUUGAACAUUCUCCAUCGCAUUAUUAUUACAAGUCACAUGCUCCUUUAAAACAUUACUAUAAGACACCUGUUGUAGCGAAGUAUUACAAGUCGCAUGCUCCUUCAAAGCACUACUAUAAGGCGCCUAUUGUUGCGAAGUAUUACAAGUCACAUGCUCCUUCAAAGCACUACUACAAGGCACCCGUGGUUGUGAAGUAUUACGUUGUUACGAAGUAUUACAAGUCACAUGCUCCUUCAAAGCACUACUACAAGGCACCCGUGGUUGUGAAGUAUUACAAGUCACCAGUUCCUUCAAAGAAUUACCACAAGGCACCAGUGGUUGUGAAGUAUUACAAGUCACCUACUCCUUCGAAACACUACUACAAGGCACCGGUGGUAGUGAAGUAUUACAAGUCACCUGCCCCUUUAAAGAAGUACUAUAAGGUGCCAACUCCCUCAAAGUACUACUACAAGUCACCAUCACCUGCAAAGUACUACAAGUCGCCUACUCCAUCAAAAUAUUACAAAUCACCUACUCCUUCUAAAUAUUAUAAAUCACCAUCACCAACAAAAUAUUACAGGUCGCCAGUUUACUACAAGUCUCCUCCACCACCACCACCAACUUAUUAUGAGAAAUCACCUUCUUACUACAACUCCCCUCCCCCUCCACCAUACUACAAAGAAUCUACCCCUUCUUAUAAAUCCCCUCCCCCUCCCCCAUACUACAAAGAAUCUACCCCUUCUUAUAAAUCCCCUCCCCCUCCCCCAUACUACAAAGAAUCUACCCCUUCUUAUAAAUCCCCUCCCCCUCCCCCAUACUACAAAGAAUCUACCCCUUCUUAUAAAUCCCCUCCCCCUCCCCCAUACUACAAAGAAUCUACCCCUUCUUAUAAAUCCCCUCCCCCUCCCCCAUACUACAAAGAAUCUACCCCUUCUUAUAAAUCCCCUCCCCCUCCCCCAUACUACAAAGAAUCUACCCCUUCUUAUAAAUCCCCUCCCCCUCCCCCAUACUACAAAGAAUCUACCCCUUCUUAUAAAUCCCCUCCCCCUCCCCCAUACUACAAAGAAUCUACCCCUUCUUAUAAAUCCCCUCCCCCUCCCCCAUACUACAAAGAAUCUACCCCUUCUUAUAAAUCCCCUCCCCCUCCCCCAUACUACAAAGAAUCUACCCCUUCUUAUAAAUCCCCUCCCCCUCCCCCAUACUACAAAGAAUCUACCCCUUCUUAUAAAUCCCCUCCCCCUCCCCCAUACUACAAAGAAUCUACCCCUUCUUAUAAAUCCCCUCCCCCUCCCCCAUACUACAAAGAAUCUACCCCUUCUUAUAAAUCUCCUCCCCCUCCACCAUACUAUGAAGAAUCUACGCCUUCUUAUAAAUCCCCUCCACCUCCACCAUAUUACAAAGAAUCUACACCUUCCUAUAAAUCUCCUCCACCCCCACCAAAGUACUAUGAGCAAUCUCCUACAACCUAUAACUCACCACCUCCACCACCACCAGCCUAUUACAAGCAAACUCCCACCUAUGCCUCACCUCCACCACCUCAGAAGUACGAGCAAUCUGUCACCUAUGCUUCACCUCCACCCCCGCCAGCUUCUCCCCCACCGACGUACUACUAAACAUUCAAUAACUCUAUCAUUUCCAUGACUUCUACAUCCUAUUUUGAUUUCAUUCCCUCUUCCAAAAUUUAAUGUAUGCUUGUCAAAAUGAUCAGCUUUGCUUACUGUAUGUUCAAUAUUGUUUUGUUCUAAUGAUUUGUAUUUUGUUUUAUGUCUUCAUUAGUUUUUCUCAUUGUAUCAAGAUCAAUAGUUUGUUACCUAUCUUCUCUUCUUUGUGUAAUAUUCUGUGGUUUUAAUCG